CAGGAAAUGAUGUAGAAACAAAUAUGGAGGAGUCCCGGUGGGCAUGGUGCAUGUACGUGAGCAUUGUGCUUGCAUAAAAGCUGAAGUGCUCUGUGUACUAUUUCUUCUUACAUAAUCAAGGCCCGCCAAUGGGCUGUGGUUUCAAUUUUCUAGAGCUCCAAGCUUAGGCAAGACUCACGAUGGCACAGAGCCACCACUUCGCCAUUUCAACGACAUCCAGAGCUGCCUUGCUGUCCGGCCAAUGAAUACACCACAAUAAUCUUUAAUAUUUAUUCCAUUUCCUUGAUUGAUCCUCUAAACUGAGUCCCUAUAUCCACAUCUCGGCUAUUCCUCUCGUUAUUCAACAAAGAGAGCACGCUCUCAUCACGACAUACCACCUUUACCUUCUUCAGACUCAAUUUCCAAGAUGAUACAUCCGUCACGGCAAGCAUACGUGGAGGAAGCAGAGCAAAGCACGGGCAUUGCUCUGGAAGACCUCCCAGAAGAUCAUGACUACGAAAUGAACAUGGGCGAUGGCGCCCCGCCCGAAAAGGCGUCUGCCAUCCUCAGCCAGUUCAAUCGAAAACGACUUGCUGCCACCAUUGCUGUCCCUACCGACGAUGGCCGAGUUCGUGCCAGGUUACGGGAAAUGGGAGAGCCCAUGACGCUCUUCGGCGAAGGACCAGCCGACCGCCGAGACCGACUGCGAGAGCUUCUCACGAUACAGGCAGAAAUGGCUGGGCUUGAGAGCGGCGACAUAACCAUGGAGGAUGCCGACGAAGCAGAAGAGGAGGAGCAAGAGGAGGAAUUCUAUUCGAGAGGAGGCCCCGAGCUACUACAAGCCCGCAUCAACAUAGCAGAAUUCUCGUUGCCCCGGGCAAAACGAAGGACGGCGUUCCAGAAAGCAGAAUCUACAAUCCCCUUGCGGACACAUGUCAAGUUCCGGAAGCAAAUCAAGGAGCGAUUACAGACAUUUGAGCUGCAAGGCAGUCAGACUGUUGGCGAGAGGCAUAUAAGCAUGACGAGAUUCUCUCCCAACGGAGAACUGGUCGCUGUUGGUAACUGGGGUGGUCAAGUCAAGCUGGUUGAGAUACCAAAUUUGACGGAGAAGAUGAGCUUCCGUGGGCAUACCAAUAAAAUCAGUGGCCUCUCGUGGUUUCCUGGAGCUACCUUGCCUGAGAGCGGAGUUUCCCCAGACUCUGUCAACCUUGCCUCGGGCGGUGCCGAGGGAAUGAUCCAUGUAUGGUCUUUAAACCAAGACACCCCCUUGUCAAGCUUCAAGGGGCACUCGCAGAGGGUUUGCCGAGUGGAGUUUCAUCCAUCUGGCCGGUACCUCGCAUCUGCUUCGGAGGAUACCUCAUGGCGACUCUGGGACGUGGAGUCAAAUGCUGAGCUCCUGCUUCAAGAGGGCCACUCCCGUGGCGUGUACGCCAUUAGUUUUAACACGGAUGGCUCUCUACUCGCUAGCGCCGGCCUGGAUAGCAUUGGAAGAAUAUGGGAUCUGCGGUCAGGACGCACUGUAAUGAUUCUCGACGGUCAUAUGGAUGGACACAUCAAGCCAAUACACGCUUUGGACUGGAGCCCCGAUGGACACCGAGUUCUGUCCGGCUCUGCUGAUGGGUGGAUCAAAUGCUGGGACGUCCGGAAAGUACAGAGGUCUGGUGGCAUUGGUGCUCAUAAUAGCGCUGUUUCCGACAUGCGUUGGUUCAAGGGCUUGGACGACCCUCUACUCGGAAUUCCACCGGGACAAGACGAGAAGGGAAUGCAGCUACCGAAGAAGGCAGGGACAUUUUUCGUCUCUAGCGGAUUUGACCGAAACGUGAAGAUCUUCUCAGCUGAUGAUUGGACCUUGGUGCAAACGCUGAGCGGGCACACUGCUCCCGUUGCCAGUGUAGAUUACAGCAGAGAUGGACGGUGGAUUGUAAGUGGAGGGCACGACCGCACAGUGAAGCUUUGGGGAAGAAGUGACGGCGAGGCGAUAUAGUCAAGAUUUCUAUACUUAGAUUUUGAGUGGAAUAAUUGGAAAAUCGGAAUUGAUACCCAGGUUGGCAAAGCAAAUAACAAUUACCUACUACUACAUACAUGAUGGCAAG